ACCAAUAGCAGACGAGUGUAAGGAGGCGGGUUGAUCAGUCUUGUCUAAUAACAGAGAGGCGGUUUGAUUUCCAACUGAAAACAUUUUUAAAAAUGGUGCACACACGCACGAAAACAUGUCAUAUAUGUACACAGAAAUGUAAGUAGUUAAAAUGGGCUAUUGUAGUGUUAUUUUUCGCCUUAGUGUUAAGUAGGCGAGUGUGCUGCUUUUGGAUAUAGCGUUACGGUUAUUCAGUGAUUGACAGCUCCUUCAGCCAAUUAAAUCACAGGAAGAGCGCGCGGCGCGCACACACACACACACACACACACGCGCGCGCGCGCGCGCUUGAAUCCAAUGAAUGUUCAGAUCCGUAUUUAGAAAGCGCUGAUGGAGCAGGGUAAUACUGGGUACUGUAGUCCUGAGGAAAGUGCGUCAGUGCUGAAAUAAGCUCAAACAAAUAUGCAUUUGAACAGCACCACUGCUGCCAUAUCAGUAUGGCUUUUAUGCGCUGUUUUCGCAGUAACCGAGUCAGAGAAGUGUGAAGUGUGUGUGGGAUUUUUAGAGCGUCUCUACAGGUCCUUAGUGGCCACUCACAGGGAGCUGUCCUCAGCACUUGUAGAGGAGGAGCUUAUUAAAGCAUGUGCUGAAGCUACAGGGAAGGAGAACCGACUGUGUUAUUACCUCGGAGCCUCCAGUGACGCAGCGGCGAAAGUGACCGGCGAGGUGAGUCGCCCUCUCAGCGCCCAUGUCCCGGUGCAGAAGAUUUGCCAGCGACUCCAGCACAGAGACCAGCAGAUCUGUGAACUCCAAUAUGAGCAUCAGGUGCUGGACUGGAGUCGAGAGGCUCUGUCUAAGAUGCGGGUGCUGGAGCUGAAGCGAGUGUUGGCCUCGUGGGGAGAGGAAUGCCGUGGAUGCCUGGAAAAGACUGAUUUGAUCGAUCUUAUCCAGGAGGUGGCCCCCAAGCACAGACCAGCUCAGCCCGGAACACAUUCAUCUGAACUCUGAGGGCCUCCUGGUGCAGCUCCAUCCUGAGGACAUGAAUUGCAGAUCUGAGAGGUCCUCCUCCUGCAGCUCUGAGCUGAGGACACAGACUUAUACAUGAGGCUCUGUGAUGUCAGUGUUGGGAUUUAGUGGCGUGAUGGAUUCAUUCAGCUGUAGAGCUUAAACAAUAUCUGAAUCAGUUUCAGUAUACUGGAUCUGAGAAAGUGCUGACCGGUUUUGUGACCUACAUUUUCUUUGUGAAUAAACAGAGGAAGCACUUGAGA